CUGGUCAAUUUUUUUUAACGGCCAUUACAGAUCACAGCAAAAACAGUGGUAGACUGAUAAGAGUAUACGUUUUUGAAAGUGAAGACAAGUUAAUAUAUAAUUUCUUCAUAUUUAUUAUUUUAAAAUAAUAAUUAGUAAUAAAUUUUUAAACUAACUGUUCAAUAAAUUACACCAAGAUGGAAAAACCUCAGAAAAUGCCUAAGGUGGCUAAAGUUAAAAAUAAAGCACCAGCAGAAAUUCAAAUUACAGCUGAGCAGCUGUUACGUGAAGCUAAAGAACGUGAUUUGGAGAUUCUGCCACCACCACCAAAGCAGAAAAUUUCAGACCCCCAUGAACUCGCGGACUACCAGCACCGUAAACGAAAAGCAUUCGAAGACAACAUUCGAAAAAAUCGUAUGGUCAUAUGUAAUUGGGUGAAAUACGCACAAUGGGAGGAAACACAGAAACAAAUUCCUCGGGCACGUUCUAUUUACGAACGUGCGUUGGACGUCGACCAUCGGAACAUAACUCUGUAGCUGAAGUAUGUCGAGAUGGAAAUGCGCAAUCGACAAGUCAAUCACGCGCGAAAUUUGUGGGAUCGUGCAGUCACUAUUCUUCCGCGUGUCAGCCAAUUUUGGUACAAGUAUACUUACAUGGAGGAGAUGCUGGAGAACACAGCGGCAGCCCGGCAAGUAUUUGAGCGCUGGAUGGAGUGGGAACCUGACGAGCAAGCAUGGCAGACUUACAUUAAUUUUGAGCUUCGAUACAAAGAACUAGACCGAGCACGACAAAUUUACGAACGUUUUGUGAUGGUCCAUCCCGAUGUUAAGAAUUGGAUAAAGUACGCGCGCUUUGAGGCCAACAACGGAUUUAUAAAAGGCGCCCGUAACGUUUAUGAACGCGCUGUUACAUUCUACGGCGAUGAAGUGAUCGAUGAAAAACUCUAUCUUGCGUUUGCUCGUUUUGAAGAAUCUCAGCGUGAGCAUGAGCGCGCUCGAGCAAUCUACAAGUAUUCUAUAGAUCACAUUCCGAAGGAGCGCGCUGAAGAAAUAUAUAAAGCGUAUACGAUCCAUGAAAAGAAAUAUGGCGACCGUUCAGACAUUGAAUCGGUAAUUGUUAGUAAGCGUAAAAAUAAAUAUGAGCAGUCCGUAAAAGACGAUCCCUACAACUACGACACAUGGUUUGAUUAUUUAAAACUCAUGGAAUCGGAAGGUAACCACGAGGAAACUAGGGAAAUAUACGAACGAGCCAUCGCUUACGUUCCGCCUAAAAAAGAGAAAGAAUAUUGGCGGCGUUAUAUUUAUUUGUGGAUCAACUACGCUCUGUUUGAAGAGCUCGAGACCAAGGAUUUGAGCCGCUGUCAACAAGUCUAUGAAGUAUGCCUCAAAUUGAUUCCGCACAAAAUAUUUACGUUUGCAAAGAUCUGGCUGAUGUAUGCAAAGUUUGAGAUUAGACGAAAAAAUCUAACUCUCGCACGUAAAACUUUGGGCAGAAGUUUGGGUGUGUGUCCAAAAAAUAAACUAUUCCGUGGGUACAUUGAUCUGGAGAUCCAGUUACGCGAAUUUGACCGCUGCAGGAAGCUUUAUGAAAAGUGGCUAGAAUAUGAGCCGGAAAAUUGCACGACAUGGAUGAAAUACUGCGAGUUAGAGACUCUGCUGGGUGAUAUUGAUCGUGCGCGAGCUAUUUAUGAGCUUGGAUUAAAACAACCACGGCUCGAUAUGCCGGAGUUGCUGUGGAAGUCGUACAUUGACUUUGAAAUCUCUCAAGAAGAGCCUCAGAAAGCGCGGCAGUUGUUCGAGCGACUGCUUGAGCGAUCGAUUCAUGUCAAAAUUUGGAUCGCUUAUGCCAAGUUUGAGCUAUUUAAUGAACAUGAGGACAUAGAUAAAGUAGAAGUCGCUAGGAGAGUGUUCGAGCGAGCAAACAAUGCAUUAAAACUGAAUGGAGACCGAGAGAGCCGAGCAAUUUUGUUGGAAGCUUGGAGAGACUUCGAGAUGGAGAAAGGGGAUGAGGAGAGUCAGAAGAAGAUCAAGGACAAGAUGCCGCGAAGAAUCAAGAAGACGCAAAAGGUGAUGGGUGAUGAUGGCAUGGAGGGAUGGCAGGAAGUAUACGACUUUGAGUUCCCUGAGGACGAGACACACAAGACCACAAUAAAAUUACUGAGCAUUGCAAAGAAUUGGAAAAAGCUUGCCGAUAAAACUUCAGAUGAAAAUUAAAUUUUAAUUAUUUUUUGUUGUGUAAGGAUUUAAUUUAAAUUAUGGCAAUAAGUUUUCUUUUGUAAAGAACUGUAAAUAAAAGUAAUUUAUAUUUUUAAAGAA